CUUCUAUAAGAUCGAAUCUUAAAGCGUACGCAACAGUAAUGACAGUCAGUGUUUUUUGAACUGAAUUCCGGUUGACAAGGAAACUCUUGGUGCAGCAUUUAAGGGUGCAGCCCGCGGCACCAUGCGCCUGCCGCCAUGAGGUCUGGAGCGCCCGCGCCUCUCCUCGCCAUGGCCUUCAACAUUGUCCUCUGCAACCUCACCACCACAGGCCCUACGACGCGGACGGAGCACCUGCACCACCACCACGACUGGGGCCCCCACGUGGAGAGCUCCGAGGGGGGCAACGUCAGCGUGCGCGUCGGCCAGACGGCCACCCUCGACUGCCGCGUGCAGCUGCUGCACGACAAGACGGUGUCGUGGGUGCGCCGGCGUCCUGGGUCUGAGGAACUGCAGCUGCUGACGGUGGGCCGGCAGACGUACUCUGGGGACGAGCGGUACGCCGUCAGCUUUCAGUACCCGGACAACUGGAGGCUCACCGUCAAGGACUCCCGACCUGCGGACCAGGGCGACUACGAGUGCCAGGUGUCCACGCACCCGCCUCGCACUGUGCGUUACAACCUCCUCAUCAGGGGUUUUGGGUUCUGGGCUGCGGGCGAGAAUGCAGGUGGUCGUCGGCUGUGGAAGGGCAUCAAGCGACGGCAGGAUUCACGCCGAAUCAAUAGCACUGUGUGCGGCGCCGCCCCAGCCGGCGUCAAAGGCGACGCCGAAUUAAAUCCGACGCCGGCGCGCCCACCGCCCGCCUCCAGCCUCUGCCGCAGUAAUAGUGUUUGGCGACUUUUCCGCUGA